AUGCGACCACAUUUGGGCGGCCGCCUUCGCGAGUUCGAAGUAGAGCCCAGCGACACAAUCGAAUGCAUCGCAGCCAAAAUCCAAGAGGAAGACGGCAUACCCCUAGACCAGCAGCGCUUGAUCUUCGACGGCAAGCAGCUGGACGAAUCCCGCACUCUGGACUCGUACAACAUCCACCACAAGCACACGCUGCACCUCGUUGUGCGCCAUCCGCCCGCCCCUGAGGCAGCACCGGCGCCGGCGCCGGCGCUGACGCUGACUAGCAAUGUCCCAAGGGAGAGUUCGUUUCAGACGGUUGUGACGUCGUCGGAGUUGUAUCGUCAAUCGGGCGUGUACCGCCUAAGCAGUUCCGGGAAAGCUGCAGACGUACGGCAUUUGACGCGGACAUCUACGGUACCUGAAUGGAUCCACGACCUCGUGCUCGACCUGCAGGAAGACGGCGAUUCUGAAGCGAGUGGUACCAUUGCCAGCCUCUGCGAGACCUACUUCAUCAUCCUCUCCGUCCUUGCAAGCUUCGAUCUUCUGGAAUCGAGGCAAUUUUGUACCUCAUUCUUCAGUAUUCUCGUGGAGCGAUCCGAUGGUACAGUUGCCGAAAUUGUCAAAAUCCACAGGGCGGUCCUUGUCAUGCUCAAUGAGGCGCUCGAGGUAGCGAUUACCGUUACCCGCGAAGGAAUGGCGGAUCCCAAGAGCGCCCAUGAGGCGCUCACGGACUGCGUUGGGCCGGCUUUUCAAAAGUUCCUUGACCUACUUGACUAUCCGCAGCUUGGAACAGAUGCGCUUGUCAUCAAUACUACGUCUGAGAUGCUCAAUCUCUGCCGAAUGGUGGCUUGUAUUCUGGAUUUAGGCUUGGUGUGCUAUGUUGGAUCACACGGAGCGCGGUUCGAUAAAGAGCACUUCCAGAGGAAUAUGGAUCCCUUGAGGUUUGACCUGGAAAACAAUUUCUCAUUCGAUUGUGGCUUGCGGGAUCUAGCCUGCCUCAACAGCUUCCUCGAUGCGAAAUCAGUCUGGGUAUUCCGAGCUGGGGUCAACCUCCCACCAAACUUGCCACAAGACAAGAACCAGAAGAAGCUCUCCAUCCUGAUCACCAUCGACGCCCUCGCCGAUAUCUGGGGGCCCGUGUGGGCCGAAGUUGCGGACCAGGGCAUCGUCGGCGAGGGACUUACACGCAUCAAGAAAUAUCACGUUUCGAAAGGGGUCAUUCGACGUGUCCGGGAAGGCCCCGAGUCUACCAUUCCGGGGGCAGUCAAGUGCCACUGGUAUAGCUGGACGCAAGACUACCGGCGGCGGUUCUCAACGCUGUUAACGAAAACCAAAGAUCUGUCUAUGGCGCUGCAUGACAAACUGCUUAUUGGGGGCGACAUACGAGUUAACCCUGGAUGUACUUACACCCUUCAGGAGUACGAGACGGACUAUGGCGACCUGAUAAGCAAUCUGGGUUCAAAGCCUUCCACGUGGAAACUGGAUAGCGCCGCCGUGACCGUGCAGAUAGGUGCGCCAAAGGUGAUCGCCUUUCAGAUCCAAGGAAGUGUCAAGAAGGUCCCCGAGACUACGGUCAAGCAGUUCAUAUGGGAGAAGUGGAGCUUCGAACCCGAGCGCGCGAACCCGGGGAUGUUGAACAACUACUUCGGUGUGAUGAUCAGCAACUGCACCGGCAACGCGAUGAGGAUACCCAUGAAGCAGAUCUUCCUGAUGAAGCCAAUUCAGGAGUUGCUGGAACGUCAGAUACCGAAAUGGGCGUCCACACAAUGGGGUACAGCCUUCCAAAGAGCGCUGCAGACCACGUCCAAGGACGCGAUAUUCCAGUUCUGGAACAAGCACACGGCCGAGCGGCCGCUCAUCGGGCAGCUGGUCCGUUCUGUCCUGGACGUGCUCGACAGCACGAGCAGAACCGAAAUUGGCUUCCGCGCGGCAUUUGUGCAUCAGAAUCGCGAGCUUGGCGUGGAUCUCGAAAUCGAUAACAACGAGUGGGCGGGGCUGCUGAAGGACUCGUAUCUAAUGGCAACUUACGUGGUCGUCGAUGAGGUCUGCUUGGAGUACAGACGUCCGGACCAUACUACUUCAAUCUGCGGCGGUGAGUCGCGGUAUACGGUACUCCAGACUAAAGUAGGGCUAAAGAAAGGGUCCACCCUGAACGAGCGCCUGAAGAUCGAACCGCACAGCCAGACGUACAAGGAAGUCAACGAUGAAGAAGCAGUCGACACGCCCUACUUCAUGACCCCUGAAUCCUCUAUCAAGCGCACGCUCCUCCAAAACUACAAGCUCACCUUCGCGAAGGAACUGUUGGAUCACUACCCGUACCACUCGAGAGAGUGCACGGCCAAGUUGGUACUCCGCGCGUCGGGGAGGAGUUACGGAGGCAUGAGUCAUACGCGCACUCGCACGCUGUUGGGCUGUGCUGGCGGUGUUGGUGUUGGUGAGAUUGAUAAUAUGGCUGUGACUGGUAGAGUGGAAGAUUAUAUCCAUAAUCAAUCCACUCCAUCUGAGCUAGAUCGAGUGAUUCAACUCUUUAUUCAAUCGAACUUGUGGCAUCACUGA